UCAGUUGGUGAGCAACUUUCGAGGCAAUCGCACGUGGACUUCGAUUUCGGAUUCGUUUCGUUUCGGUUCGGUUUGGUUUCGUCGCCUGAGAAUAUAUCUCAAUCUGUUUAAAGAAGAUAUUAGCAUUCGGCAGCCGCAGUAAGGCCUAUAUAUCCCCGGAAGCCCCAAAGAUGACGGACGAAGUGCCCGCCAAAGGCAGCAUAUUGGGCAAACUCGUGCCCGCCCGCUAUGUGCUGGCCCUCCUGGGGUCCAUCGGCAUGGCCAUUGUGUACGGCCUGAAGGUGAAUCUCAGCGUGGCCAUGGUGGCCAUGGUGAACCACACAGCCAUUAAGGCCCACGGAGACGGCGGUGGACAUGGGGGACACGGCAGCGUCAUCCUUUCGAACGCCUCCCAAGUGUCCCUGGUGGAGGAAUGCAACCCGCCGGGUGGUGCCUCCAAUGUGACGGCUAAGGUGGAGGACGGUCCCUUCGACUGGAGCGAGCCCCUGCAGGGAACCCUGCUGAGCUGCUACUUCUGGGGCUAUUUGGUCUCGCAGAUUCCGCUGGCACACGUCGCCGAGAACUUCUCCGCCAAGUGGGUGAUGCUCUUCUCGGUGGCCAUCAACGUCGUGUGCACGCUGCUAACGCCCGUCUUUACUGAAUUGCAUUACGGUGGCCUGAUUCUGAUGCGAGUGCUUGAGGGCGUCGGCGGAGGAGCCUCCUUCCCGGCCAUGCACGUGAUGAUCGCCUCCUGGGCCCCUCCCACGGAGCGCAUGGUCAUGUCCACCAUCAUCUACGUGGGCACAUCUGCGGGUACGGCUCUUUCCAUCCUCCUGGCCGGCGUGUGCUCCGCCCAAUGGGGCUGGGAGUCGGUCUUCUAUGUCAUGGGCGCACUUAGCUGCAUCUGGAUGUUGCUGUGGGUCAUUCUGGUCCAGGACAACCCCAACAAGCAGCGUUUCAUCAGUCUGGAGGAGCGCCAAAUGAUCACCAGCUCGCUGGGCACCGAACAGAAGACGGAGCACCACCCGGCGGUUCCAUGGGGCAAGGUCUUCACCUCCGUGCCCUUCUGGGCCAUUCUCAUCGCCCACACCUGCAGCAACUUCGGCUGGUAUAUGUUCCUCAUCGAGAUUCCCUUCUACAUGAAGCAGGUGCUCAAGUUCAACGUGGCCAGCAAUGCAGCCCUCAGUGCUCUGCCCUACUUCCCCAUGAUCAUCUUCAGCAUCUGUCUGGGCAAGCUCCUCGACAGUCUGCAGGCCAAGGGUAAGAUCACCACCACCGUUGCCCGCAAGACGGCCACCUCCAUUUGCACCCUGAUCCCUGGAGUUUGUCUGCUGGUCCUCUGCUACAUCGGAUGCCGUCACUAUGAGGCGGUGUCUGUCAUGUCCGUGGGCAUUGUGGCCAUGGGCUCCAUGUUCUCCGGCUUCCUGUCCAACCACAUCGACAUCGCACCGAACUUCGCCGGCACCCUGGUGGCUCUGACCAACACGGCGGCUACGCUACCUGGUAUUGUUGUCCCCCUCUUCGUGGGCUUCGUCACCAAGGGAAAUCAAAACAUUGGCGCCUGGCGCAUCAUUUUCGGAGUGACCAUCGUGCUGUUCGCCUUGGAAUUCCUGGUAUUCGUCUUCUUGGGAUCGGGCAGCGAGCAGCCGUGGAACAAGGCCGGAACUCCCAAGGAUCCCGAGGCCAAGGACGAAAAGACUCCGUUGAAGGAGCUGCCAACUAAGCCCUAAGCCAACAAUCUCGCCCCGAAUCUUCUGCCUCAAUUACUCGACGAACUGCUGCUUAUUCGGAUAACUCUUGGAUAAAGCCAGUUCAAAGUGGAAUGGUCAAUGCUGGACUGUAAAUACCAAUUACAAGUGUACAAUGCCCACCCUGAAUAGCGAAUUCAUUGAACAUACGUUCGCUAUUUAGGGCGUGCACUGUAGUUUUUAGAUCGCUGUAAACCAAUAGUUAGUAGCCGUAUCCAUUACGGAUAAACACUUCAGCCCGCCUAAUGUACUUAACACUCUUGAUUUCAAAAGUUGUCUACAAAUAAAGCGACGUAAUAGUG